CACCCCCCGCCACCUUCUGGCACCCAGGCUGCCCACCACACGACCCGGGUCCUCGCCGCCGCCUCGCCCGGCCCCACUGUUCUCUCCCCGGGGUCUCGCCAGCUCUUUCUUGCCGCCGCCACCUCCACAGCCGCUCCUGGAGCCGCGGGUCCACCGCGGGUCACCAUGCCCAGCAAAACCAAGUACAACCUUGUGGACGACGGGCACGACCUGCGGAUCCCUUUGCACAACGAGGACGCCUUCCAGCAUGGCAUCUCUUUUGAGGCCAAGUACGUGGGAAGCCUGGAUGUGCCGAGACCCAACAGCAGGGUGGAGAUCGUGGCUGCCAUGCGCAGAAUCCGGUAUGAGUUUAAAGCCAAGAACAUCAAGAAGAAGAAGGUGAGCAUCAUGGUGUCUGUGGAUGGUGUGAAAGUGAUCCUGAAGAAGAAGAAAAAGCUUCUUUUAUUGCAGAAAAAGGAGUGGACGUGGGAUGAGAGCAAGAUGCUGGUGAUGCAGGACCCUAUCUACAGGAUCUUCUAUGUCUCUCAUGAUUCCCAAGACUUGAAAAUCUUCAGCUAUAUCGCUCGAGAUGGUGCCAGCAAUAUCUUCAGGUGUAACGUCUUUAAGUCCAAGAAGAAGAGUCAAGCUAUGAGAAUCGUGAGGACAGUAGGACAGGCCUUCGAGGUCUGUCACAAGCUGAGUCUGCAGCACACCCAGCAGAACGCAGAUGGCCAGGAAGACGGGGAGAGUGAGAGGAACAGUGAUGGCUCUGGAGACCCAGGCCGCCAGCUCACUGGAGCCGAGAGGGCCUCCACAGCCACGGCAGAGGAGACUGACAUUGAUGCUGUGGAGGUCCCACUCCCCGGGAAUGAUGUUCUCAACUUCAGCCGAGGUGUCACAGACCUGGAUGCUGUAGGAAAGGAAGGAGGCUCCCACAUAGACUCUACGGUCUCGCCCCAUCCUCAGGAGCCCAUGCUGACAGCCUCACCUCGGAUGCUGCUGCCUUCUUCUUCCUCCUCUUCCUUGAAGCCACCAGGCUUGGGCACAGGGACGCCCCUGUCCACUCACCACCAGAUGCAGCUCCUCCAGCAGCUCCUCCAGCAGCAGCAGCAGCAGACGCAAGUGGCUGUGGCCCAGCCUGGCCCUGCCCCCACUUCUGAUGGAGGAGCUGGAGUCCAGGUUCACUUGCUGAAGGAUCAGUUGGCUGCUGAGGCUGCUGCACGGCUAGAGGCCCAGGCGCGCGUGCACCAGCUCCUACUGCAGAACAAAGACAUGCUCCAGCACAUCUCUCUGCUGGUCAAGCAGGUGCAGGAGCUGGAGCUGAAGCUGUCAGGACAGAAUGCCAUGGGCUCCCAGGACAGUUUGCUGGAGAUCACCUUCCGUUCAGGUGCCCUGCCUGUGCUCUGUGAACCUACCACCCCUAAGCCAGAGGACCUACACUCACCGCUGCUGGGCGCCGGCUUGGCUGACUUUGCCCACCCAGCGGGCAGCCCCUUAGUUGACCACAGCAUGUUUGAGAAUUUGAACACAGCCCUCACUCCAAAGCUCCAAUCCAGCCGUUCCUUCCCGCACCUGUCCAGAUCUGCAGCCCCAAGUACCAUCACCCCUGGCUCUGCAGAGUCAGGAGGACCAGGACUGAGGGUGGGCAGCAGCCAGCACCUUAAGAACCUGGGCAAAGCCAUGGGGGCCAAGGUCAAUGACCUCCUGCGAAGAAAGGAGUCCUCAAGCCUGGGCAGUGUGGGUGUGAUGGAGAUUAACAAGACUGCUGGAGCCCAGCUGGCUGGUGGAGAAGAGGCAGCCUGUGGAGCCUGGCUGGAGGAUGAGAGGUCAGUCCAAGAAGCCUUCCCUCUGCUGGAUCCUCCACCUCCCAUAACCCGGAAGCGAACCCCUCGGGCCCUGAAGACCACCCAGGACAUGCUGAUUUCAUCACAGCCAGUCCUAAGCAAUCUAGAAUAUGGGACAGAAUUGUCACCUGGGCAGGUCCAGGACACUCUACUCACUGCUCAGCCUGUCUCUACAGAUAAUUCACGACCAGAGUCUAUCAUUGAAAUGGGAGACAAGGGAGAGGCUCUGCCCAAUGGUGAGGUGUCCCUGUUGGUACCUGACCUAAUACACAAGAACAGCCAGGAAGAAUCCAAGCUAAAGGUGACUGAAUGCAGAAGAGCCUCCUCCCCUGACCCCAUUGAGAGGAAUGGCCUCAAACUCAGCUUGAGUCCCAUCAGCCUAGCUGAGUCCUGGGAGAACAGCAGCCCACCUCCACUGGCACGGACCUCCAGCCUUGACAAUGAGGGCCUUCACCCAGACCUGCUGUCCUUUGAGUAGUGUCUUGUCUUCCCUGCUGAACACACUCUUCACUUUGUCCUCCACUACACACAGGUUCUUUGUCCCAACUCUGUCAUGCCCUCAUCUUCCUUCAUGGAAGGUACGGCACAGCCUACUCUCUACCUAAGGUGUUGCAGGACCAGAUGGCCACAAGUAGUCCCACUUAAGGAGUCUGCAGAAUGGCAAAAGGAUGGGGGUGGCAUCUCUGAUCCUACUUCUCUGUAAGAUCUUCUGGCUGCUACUGGAAUUCAUCCACCAUCAGUCUUGUCCCAACUUCCUACUGAAUUACAGGACCACCAGCCUAGGAGGAUGGCUUUGGCAGGAACUCUUUGCCUGUCUGAUCAGAUGCAUAUGCUGUCUGUUCUUUCAUCCACCCACCCCCUCACCCAGCCCUGAUUCUGUCCCUUUCCUCCAUAGUGGCCCAAGGACUCCCUGCCUUGAAGGAAAUACAGCUAGGGAACAGUGGUAGGUUUGGCUUGAUGAUGGGACUUUGCCUAGAUAGCUACACUCUUGACACCACCUCACCAUAGUUCCUUCAGCCUCUAGGCCACAUGGAUCUCUAGCCACCACCUUUCCUCUAUUUCUGGGUUAGGGCCAGUGGAGGUGCUUCAAAGGCUUGGGACCUUGAGGGCUUCCUCAAAGUUUUAACUUUGUUACCAGGGUCCCCAAGGUUUUCCCCAUACAGUUAGAAGCUCCCUACAUCUCUGGAUAGGCACUUAGGACAAUGGUGUGGGUAGUUGUGCUGGGGUUCCUUGCUGUGUGUGUGAAGAUGGGGGUAGGCUGGCCCCUGAGAAAGCAGCGGAGAGUGUUCUGGUGUUCAAGAGAAGAGCUUUAGGAGCAUGGAAUGGAUCUACAAGAUCAUAGAGAAGAGUACAGCAGGGACUGAGAAGAGCAUCAAAUCAGAGCAGCAUCUCGGGCCACUCCACACCAAGAAUUAGGCAGUGCCGGGGGCCUGGGAACAGUGUGUGUGAGAGCCAGGGUGUAGCAUGUGAGAGACUGGAAUGUGGUAAGGACUGUGGAGGCAAAGCAGUUGUCACUAAGUGAGAGUGCUUCUUUGUGUUUGUGCUGAGGUUGCCUGAAUUCCCUGCAGCCCCAGGUCUGCCCAGAGAUACCCCGAGCCUCUGUGCUUUAUCCACCUAACAGCAAACCUCCUCUGCCUUUGUCGUCGGGAUCUGUGUGAGGAACCAACAAGGUUUAUCAACCCUUGACCAGCUCCUGCCUUCCAGGUUAACUUGCUCUGUGUUUCUUUCUCCCUGCAGGGGCCCUAUCAUGCUGUCUUCCUGUGGCCAGGAGACUCUGUAGUGAUCCUAGCCACAAGGGUCUUUGUAGUCAGAAGAGGACAUCCCUGUUCUCGAACAAGGUGGUCAGAACCCCACAAGGAGACUGGGGAUGAUGCAUCCAGUCAGGGCAGGCCAUGUAGCAGUCAUCUGUUCUACUUCCCGUGGUCUUCCCUUUUCUGCUUGCUUGGCUUCCCAUCUGUGAGACUGGGGCACACAUGUCUCACUUGCUAGUUCAACAUCACCAACGUGCUUCCCUUCUCCUGUUCAGCAGACAUCUGAGCUAACUCCUGCAGAACCAGAAUAGAUCUCAGCCACAUCCCUGGGGUGUGGUUUCCUUCCAAUAGCCUUUCUUAAGCAGCUAUAUGGCUUCAUCCAUCUCUGCUUUCCAAUCCUCUUCUCUUGCUCCAUCUCCCAUUGCAAUGAAUGCAGAGAUUCAUUCCAUGUUCCCUGCAUAGUCUGGUCUCUUCCUCUCAGAUGAGAAUCCAUGCAGCUAGACAUCUGAAGGCUCUGGUAGAGUACACAGGACUGUUAGCACAUAUGUAGCGCACAUGACUUGCUCCAAGAACAUCCCAAGGAUGUGACAUCUGACCCUGAAGUCUGAGAAGUCCUUAGGGCUAGCAUUUGAGGAUCUAUGAAUUUUCCCCAGAGGGAUUUGUGAUAUUACCCAAAACGGAGCAUUUAUGCUGCAGGGUAGAAAGUCUAGACAUGCACUGGAGCACAUGUCCAAUGUGAUCUGAGCUCUCCAUACCAGAAUCAUGGUCUGCUCCUUCCCAAAAGUGCCUAAGUGAUAUGGUUACCUAAAACCAACAGCAUGACAUUUGGCUUGCUUAAGCACCCAGGAUACUGCUAGAGUCCUGGCCUUCAGGACCCGUGAGAAGGAAGCUUCGGAGUACUUUAGACUUGGGCUUGAUGUUGAAUUAGGUGCCACGGAUGCCUACACCAACUCCUAGGGUCGUGGCCAUCUCCCUACUACAGAAGUGAUGCUGCUACCUCAGGAGGUCCUCUGAGACUGAGCCUUGUCUUAGAUGCUGCAGAUAUUGCCUGGUACUAGGGGCUAAGUACUUCCCAGGAACCAGCAGGAACAAAUCCUCUUGAUAGCUUCGGCUCACAUCAGCUCUUCCAUCUAGUGCCCCAACAGGCUCACUGACCAUCUCAGCAGUCUGGACUGUAGCAUGGCAGCCUUCACAAUGAACCAAGAUCCUCUGGGGACUUAGUCCUUGGGUAGUUUUAUAUGUAUAGGGGGCAGGCUUAAUGGGGAGGAAUGAAGGAUCUAAUGAAGAAGCUGGGGCCUUGGAGCCCCCCCACACACACACUUCUUUCCAGCUUCAUUGUAUACCCCUGUCCAGCCCAUAGCUUUACCCUUAUAGAUCACAAUGUAAGCUUCCAGAAGCCCUGGAAAGAGGGUACCUCCUCCCCUGUCCCAGCCCACACUUCUCUCUAGAAAUGUACCUGUGAAUGUUCUGUAUCUGCAAGAUAUGAAGACAUGUGUUUUUAACUCAUCAUCUUUUACAGAACAACUUUUGUCCCUGUUUGGAAGAACAAGAUUAUAGUUCUAUUCUGAGUAUUUUUUAGAGAGCUCAUAUUUAUAUUUUUAGAGAUUUUUCUUGUAGAAGGAAAUUACAUAAUAAAAUGAUAAUGUGUUUU